UCUUGGAGUUUGUAGUACUAUGCUCAAAUACUGCUUUCAGUAUGCUAUUUAUUGCUCUUUGCUUCCCCAAGCACUUCAGUUACUACUAUUAGCAUCUGAAACCAAAAAAGGUUCAAUCUUGAUUGCCAAAUCUUUCUCAAAUGGCUCUGGAGAUCUGUGUCAAGGCUGCUGCUGGUGCCCCUGAUGUUCUUGGAGACUGUCCAUUCUGCCAAAGGGUUCUUCUUACUUUGGAGGAAAAGAAGGUUUCUUACAAGAUGCACCUUGUCAAUCUCAGUGACAAACCUCAAUGGUUCUUGGAGAUAAGUCCAGGAGGAAAGGUACCAGUGGUGAAGUUUGAUGACAAAUGGGUGCCCGAUUCUGAUGUGAUUGUUGGAAUUCUUGAAGAGAAGUACCCUGAGCCUUCCCUGAAGACACCACCUGAAUUUGCCUCUGUUGGAUCAAAGAUAUUUGGAACUUUCGUCACAUUAUUGAAGAGCAAGGAUGCAAAUGAUGGAUCUGAGCAGGCUUUGCUUGAUGAACUAAAGGCAUUGGAUGAGCAUCUUAAGGGACAGGGUCCAUUCAUUGCUGGGGAAAAGAUCACUGCUGUUGAUUUAGGUUUAGGACCAAAGCUCUACCAUCUUGAGAUUGCUCUCGGCCAUUUUAAGAAUUGGACUGUUCCAGAAAGCUUGACUCAUGUCCAUAAUUACAUGAAGUCGAUUUUCUCUGGGGAGUCCUUCGUGAAAACACAGGCUGCCAGGGAAUACGUGAUUACCGGAUGGGCGCCUGAGGUCAAUGCUUGAAUUAGUUCAAAACUAUUAAGGUUUUGCAAUCAUUUAGCAUGAACUAUGAAGUGGGUGAGACCUUAUGUAAAACCUGAUGAACACUGGUUGCUCCAGUCAUCUAAUAAAUGUUUUAAUCUAUCUGUAGUCCAGAAUACAUACUAUUAUCGAUUAGUAAAUUUUGGUCUG